AUGCCUAUUAAUCAUGAUGGUUUCGCCCUAUCAUCACCAUCGUCAUCAUUAUUAAUAUCUGAUAUCAAUUCGCAUAAUCAUGAGAAAAAUUGGACAAAUCUAUAUGAUCCUGAUGUAAAAAAAACGAAAAGUAUCGCUGGCAAUCCUCCAGUGGAUUAUUCUAUGCAUUCACCAACGCAUGAAUAUAAAACCUCAGCGUUUACAUCGGUCACUUCAUCAGUUUUGUCAAGAUCAAAUUAUAAUUAUAGUGUAAUUCAGCCAUCAAGCUAUGCGAAUGACUGCGGUAAUUCAAUGUCAUCGUGUCAUUUAAGACUUAUACCGAAAUGCUUAGAUUACAAUUUGAAAUCAUCUAGUGCUAAUGAUGAUGAGCGUCCAUUGAAACGUAAAUAUUCUAGAAGUAAUUCAAAUACUACUGGAAAAUACAGUGGAAAGUACUUCAGAACCAAAAUUGGUGAUAACAAUGAGUUGAAUUAUAACAAUAAAUUGAAUGACACCGAUCAAUCUACUACUGGCAAUGAGUCAAAUAAUUAUAACACCGAUACUACGAGUAAAUUAUUAACUGAAACCUAUCUGUUAACAAAACAUUCUUCUCAUAAAACUAUGAAUACAUCAGUGAGAAAAGAUACAAAAGUGGAUAAAAGUUUGACACAUAAAGAAUCAAAUAUUUUAAAUAAAAUGAAGACGCCAGAGUCUGUCUCUUCAUACUCGAAGCCAAACACUCAGGUUAAAGAAGAAGAUGAAGCAGUGAUCAAUACUUCAAGGUGUAAUACAAAUGAUAAAGAAAAAAGUACAACAGUUUCUGGUGCAGCUUAUAAAUAUUUAACAUGGCGUGAAAAAGAUCGUAGACGAAGAUUUCGUGAAGAAUGGAAACAUUUAUGGCUUGUUAUACCACAUGGACUAUAUGAGGUGAUGUGUCUCGUCUGUCAUAAGGUAAUGACUCAACGGAAAGUGGACACAAUCAAACGGCAUACAGUCAGACGUCAUGCAGAAUUGAUUGGUCUUUCUGAAUUAGAAAGGGAACAUUUAUUCAACGAGCUGAUGAAACAAUAUAGUAUGUUGGAAGCUAAUAAUUGUAAUCCAUCAUCUGAUAUCCAUACUAAGAGAUCACGUAAAUCUAAUGAGAUCCAUUAUUCUACAAGGGAUGUCUGUAGCAUAUCGAACACAGAACAAUUUGAACGUCUGCCUAACACUUCUUGUUGUCUAGAUAGUCAGUCUUCAAGAAUGAACACAGUCAAAAGUUCGAGUGUAUCUAGUGAUAGUGCGGUGAAUGAAAUAUCUGCUUCUCGAUCAACAUCCCACAGAAAGAGUAAAAAUUAUUUUAACAAACCCUUUCAAAAGGUAAGCCCAACUUCUAAACAUACAACGAAUCUUUCCACUUAUGGAAGAGAAGAUCUACUAAAAAUCCCACAUGACAGUAGUACUGUUGACAAUGUUAAAGUCUUACAACCAAACAUAUCAGCAAAUGCAUACAACACUCCAAACUUUAUUGUCAACCCACCUACAUUUGACAAGUCUCCUGGAGCAAGUAAUUCUUGCUACGCAUCAUAUCAUUCAGUAUUUGAGAAUAAAUCUUACAACACAACAUUUCCUUCAAAAAUAGGAUCAUGUGUUCCAUCUUUUCCAAGCUCAAUACUUUCACCGUUGUCACCAAUUUCUAUGGAUCCUUCAAGUACAAUGAAUUCUUCAUUUUCUCCAGGCUUUUCAUCUAUUAUGAGUCCACAUGCUGAUAAUGAGAAACAAUGUUUUGAUCUCAAAAGUGCAAUAAAUUUCCAGUCAUUUGCAUCAACACUAUUGUCACCAUCAUCUUCAUCACUAUUUUUACCUGAACUUUUAUCAACAUUCAGCAAUAUCAACAAAUUAUGUACUUCUUCUAGUUUGAAUAAAGACAAGCAUACCUGUAUGAGCGAUAAAAGUGCUAUUUACGGUUACCCUGACGGGAAUAUGAAUUAUUCACCAAUUAAAACACAUGAAAACAUACAGUUUAAAAAUAUAACUGCUAAACAAAUAAUAUCGAAUAAUGAUCACAAUGUCAAUUGUGGUAAAACCAAAGAAUCAUUGUUAACUCCAGGGACAUUGAUUCCAAAUCAAACCUUAGACAAUAAGAAUCAUAAUGUGAGUAUGCAACAGCCUUUUUCUUCAAAUGAAGACAGAGGUUUUCAACACACAUCAUCAUUGUCAUCAGCGUCUACAUCAACGCAUCUACAAAUAGUUUUAACUUUGCAGCCUGAUAAUUAUUUGGUUAAUUCUUUUUCUCUCUACAUUCCUUUCGAAGCAGAACUUCCUAACACCUCCACCACCCCCACCAUCGUUUCUGAUGAUACUCUGACAAAAGCUUUGAUAAAUAACGUACCAAUGUCAAAUCAGGAGAUCGCUGAUAUCCUAUGCAAAGGCUUUUGUAAAACUAUUUUCAAUACUUCAUCAAAUGUAGAAAAAUCAUGUGAAUCUGAUGAACCCCUAAGUCAUGAGGUGUACAGAAACUAUUCAACCAGUUCUAAUCCAUGCAUUCAGGGGAAUAUCUCCAGGUUACAGGAAAAAGAAUCAGGCAUUAGACCAUCAAGUUGUAUUGAUCCCAAGCGUCUUCAUCGGCCAACUGUUACUACUACUACUACUUCUACAUCCGUUUGUCCCAAAGAUCCUGUAUGUCAAGCUAAAUCGAGUAAAAAUUUAAACAAAUUUACCAUUUCGUCAUUGUUGGAUACAGAAUGUUCCCCAGUGACAAGAAAAGUUACAAAAACAAAAACAGGAAAUAGUCAGGCAACUCAGAGUAAUCCAAAGAAACACAAAACCUCUCCUAUCAGUGAUUGUAAUCACCCGCCUCUUCCUCGACAAAAUGGUUUGCAGGAAAAUUUCACAUUUAAACAAACUUCUAAGUAUCAAUCGUGUGUUCUUUGUAAUUUAGAAGGAAAGAAUCCUGGUGUUUGUGAGGCAGACACAAUAUUUUCAGUAGACAACUUAUGCCGAACAAGCGCCAACAUAUUUCAUCCUCAAGACUUAUACAAUUUACGCAACGAGAAACAACAGGUUUUCAAUAAUUGCUUGGAAUUACCCAGUUCCUCUGUCAGUGUAGGAACAUUAGAACACAACAGGAGUCUUUACGCGACCUGUCAUUUGAAUAAAGAUAUAUGUAAUAGCAUUUAUAAUCAUAAAGAUCAAGUGAAAUUUGAUGCUUUGUCGAAUUUAAAUAGUUUUAAAAAUCAGGAAUUCAGUACAUUUGAAGCUUGUAUGAAAUUUUACUAUCUUGAAUUACUACGACACCAUUAUGAUAAUGUGGCGAAGGCGAAUCAUUCCACACAAUUUGGGUCAAUGUCAGAAUGUGCGCCUAUCGUUGAAAAAAAUGGAUCAACCGGUUUCACGGAUCCUUCAGAGGAUUACAAUAAAUUAUCCAAUAAAGACUAAAGUUCAUGGAAUAAUAAAGAACUAUCGUUCAUCAAUGCAAAAAAAACACUGAAUACUUACAGAAAGACAAUCAGUUAGAAAUGUAAAAUAAAUAACAUUUAAAUACAGGAAUAUGGAGUAAUUUUGGAAUUUCAUCAGUAUACAUUUAUUUGUCGUAAGUGAAAACAACCAGCCAUCUUGAAUUGAUCUAAAACCAGAGAUUACUUAUAUAAGGAAUAUAUUAUUCUGUACAAAGUCACUUUGUCAAAAAAUUGCAAUUGGCUAAAGAACCCACAUCACUUUACAGUAAUCAACUUGAAAAGAUGGAGAGGUAUAGAAUGAGAUUUCUACGUCAUUCUUAAAAACAAAAAACAAUGUACAAACUUAAAUGUUGUAUUUCAGCAGGUCAUUUAUUCCUUGAAUAAUACAGUGAUACAAAAGACGCGGGUGUUUUGUUUUUCCUAUAAAGAGAAUCUGUGAUUUCGUCAUGUAUUUCAUUCAAAAUAAAUUACCAAAAGAUUAGGGGGAUACGUUAUUUUGAAAACAACAACAACAACAACACGACAACAACAACAGACUCAGAUACCUUUCCGCAUUGCAUCAUUUCCUUUGAUUACAUAAUUUCUACUUUUAUUUUUCCUUCAGCAAGAAUGACUUAGUUUACAAACGGUGUUUUUCUCCCUCUCUCUCUCUCCCUCUCACACUGAAAUGUUGUCAUGUGUUGUAUGAUUCUUUAUCUGUGUUGUACAUUGUGUCAAGUGUAUUCUACUCAUUGUGCUGUACACAUAUGAAGCAAAUAUUAUAUUCUGUGAUUAAUAAUGUGUAUAGGAAUGACUAUUGUGGUAAUUUUUAAUUUUUCAUAGAUUUUAAUUUGUAUUCCUUUUUACCAGAGACUCUGUUACAUAAUUUGUAUACAGUGAUGUUAACUUUCACUAGUUAAUGGAUGUCAUAUAUAUGUAUUUGUUAUAUAUAUUCAUUAAAAGGUCUUUACUGAAGUAUCAGAUGAAGUCAAGUUCUUGAAGUAUGAUACAUAUUCAGUGGUUAGUAUUAUUAUCACUAUUCCAUUGCAUUCCAAGUGGAGUAC